GAUAUCUGUCAUUGUAUACCAUGCCGAGGUGGGAGGAGGGAUACUUGAUAUCGAGCAGGGAGUGAGGUCUCCGCGAACGGGCGCUGUUGUACCGACAAGGGUGUAUACCAUAAUCCAUGUUGGCUCAAGCCCUUUUGGCUCAAGUUUUGGCUCGGGAGCGACUCUUCAAGGCGGGCGUCGCGUCUCGCACGGUCCAGAAGCAGGAGGCCGCGCCGCGUCAACGAUGGCGAGCCGACGCGCCCUUCUUGUCAUCGCGCUGCUAGUCGUAGGGCAGCCCACCCUGGUGGUCGCCUGGGGGGGGGGCAUGACAACGACAGCAACUCAGAGCCCCGAAUCAUCAGGGGUAACUCGGGUCAGGGCUAACUCGGGUUCGUUUUUCGGGAAUCCGAAUCCGACUUACCCCGGACCCGAGUUACCCCGGAUAAUUCGGGCGUCCAGAGCCCCGAAUCAUCAGGGGGGUAAUUCGGGUCAGGGCUAACUCGGGUUCCUGUUUCGGGAAUCCGAACCCGAGUUACCCUGGACCCGUGUUACCCCGGAUACGGGCGUCCAGAGCCCCGAAUCAUCGGGGGUAUUUCGGGUCAGGGCUAACUCGGGUUCCUUUUUCGGGAAUCCGAACCCGAGUUACCCUGGACCCGAGUUACCCCGGAUAACUCGGGCGCCAAAGCAAGGGCGUCCCCAUCGGCGACGUGGACGAGGACAAGGGUGGAGAGCACGCCGCGGUCAUCGGAGAAGAGAUUGCGAAGCCCAUCCGUUGGGUGCAAGACCAUGGUGUCGACUGGCUGCUGGAGAAGAUAGUGCCCAUGGUUGCGGAGGAGUACAGGUAUGUGACGAUGUGCUUCAUUCGCGUCGUCUGGCUGCUGUUUGAUCUUCUUGUACUGUCUGCAGCCGUCCAAAAAGCCUACCAAGUGGGCGGCUGGAUGCUCACGAAGCCCCUGAUCGCAAUCUGGCUUAUCAUUGUACACAUGAUCCCAUUGUUCAUGAUCGGUAGCGCCGCCUUCCUCACGCCCUGGCCGUGCUGCUCCCGAUGGCAGCAAAUCUGGCAGAUCCUGCUCGGUCUGGGCACAAUUCUGUACGUGGUGACGUUGUUAAUCGCCUCGUGGAACAAGGAACUGAGAAGUUGGUUGACGGACGAUGGCAUGGGAGUGAUUUUUGUGGUGGCGCUGUCAUCGGUUCCCGUGCAAGCCAUAUUUCUUUAUGAUGAGCGCAUAUUUCUUUUUGGUGGGCUCAGCCCUGCCAGCCCUUUUUUUCCGUGAGUGUUUCGCAAACGUACUAUACAUUGUAUCGAUCGCCGAAAUAGCCUGCCUGGCAGCCGCCGCUUCUCAGUGGCUUCCCUUUUUGGUCACCUGGCGUGCAUUGCCACCCGUGCGUUGCAGCGACGGCUGCGUACGUGGUUAAAUUCAUUGGCGGUGUCGUGGCUGUCAUAUCUGCUUAUUUCUGGUCUGAGGAUUACUUUCGAUCGGAGCAUUGCAGAAUGCGCGAUUUGGCAUCAGAAUAAAGAAUUUCAGGCUGCCACGUGCGCUGUCAAAUCAUACUUUGCGCGCGCAUUUGUUUAUCGCAUUUUUCAGUAGUGCCUUUCAACAGCUGGACACAAUCCACACGCGCGAGCACACACCGAAUUAAUGACAACACACACUUGUGUACUGACAAUGCCCCGCGACAGCGCGUGGAUAGAUUUCAGGGUGCUUGGGGCAGGUUCCGUCAUCCUAAUCGCGAGGAGUGGGGAAGAUGAACAGCAGACGAGGCGGUUGUGGAGGAGCAGGAGGAUCGCUGUCUUCGGCUUCUUUUGAAAUUCUUUAGACCGCGGGGGAGGCCCUCCCGUGAAGGCCGCUCAUCGGAGCGAGCAGCUCAUGCCAUGCCCGCCGCCAUGCGCAUGCAGCGUCUAGACUCUUGACGAGGUGGACACACAGUUCGUUUCCGCGUCUUCUGUUCAAAAAAAUGGGUAUAGACCAUAAUCCAGCAGCGUGUCCUUGGCGACGCAAGGACAGAGCUAACCCGACGUGAUCGGAGAUAUUUUUCGCGGCUGGGGCGCCAUUCUGCUAGCUCGACCGCCAAACGAAAUCG